AUGUUCCGGAGUCUUCUACUAGUACAUGUUUGCUGCUUUCUCUUUUUGACGCAAGCGUCUGACCUGAAGAACGUUCUCUAUAUUGUUGUGGACGAUCUUCGUCCUCAGCUUGGCGCUUAUGGUCAAAGGGAGAUGUACACACCUAAUAUUGACAAGCUGGCCAAUCAAUCAUUGGUGUUUGAGAGAGCUUACUGUCAGCAGGCUGUGUGCGCACCUUCUAGAAACUCGUUCAUGACGGGAAGACGUCCAGACACCACAAAAGCGUGGAAUUUUAUCGAUCACUUUCGAGAAGCAGAUGUGGGACUCGACUGGUCUUCCAUGCCACAAUACUUUAAGAAUCAUGGAUAUUUCUCGUCUGGUGUAGGUAAACUUUAUCACCUCAAUCUUCCUCCUAACAAUGAUCCACCGUCCUGGUCCGAUCUCGAGCAAUUUCCUUAUUACUGGGGACAUCCCGAAGGAUGUCCUAACCGCACGAGUUCUUGUGCUCUUCCUCGUCAGAAAUACAAUUUUACUGACUUGAACUCGACGGCCAUUAUGAUGCAGCACAUGCGCUACGCCGCACAACACAGAGACACUCCGUUCUUUCUUGGAAUCGGGUUUCAUAAACCUCACCUUUCUUGGCGUUAUCCCGAAGAAUUUCUACAGCACUAUACAAACGAGUCGAAUAUUCAAGUUGCUAAACAUCGCAUGACACCAAAGGGCAUGCCUAUGGUUGCCUUUCACAAUUGUAUGCCUCCGGGUCGCUAUUCAGAUCUUACAAACUAUACAUACAACAUUUCUGUUCCUUAUCCGGUAGAAGUCCAGCAACAUCUUAGACAAGGCUACUACGCUGCUGUGAGUUAUAUGGACUCUCUAGUUGGAGAAGUUCUAAAUGAAUUGGAGAGUCUGGGUUUGUCUAACAAUACUAUAGUAGCAUUUCAUGCAGAUCACGGCUGGCAGCUCGGAGAACACAAUGAAUGGUGCAAACACACGAAUUUUGAAUUAGCAGCUCGUGUGCCAUUUAUGAUUCGUGCUCCUGGAUACGAGGCUACUGCAGGACAAAAGACUUCAUCGUUAGUUGAAUUGGUAGAUGUGUUUCCGACGUUGGUAGAGUUGGCAGGACUACCGCCUUGUCAAGAAAACUUGGAAGGGAAGUCACUCGUUUCUCUAUUCAAAGAUCCAACAACAAUUAUAAAGAACGUUUCUUUAUCACAAUAUCCUCGUUGUGGGAAUCUUGAAAUCGCUGAAAAUGGUUGCACUCGAGUAAAAAGAACGGACUUCCCCUACAUGGGCUACAGCAUUAGAACAGACCGUUAUCGUUACACUGAAUGGGUCGAAUGGAAUGGGGAGAAACUGCAACCGAAUUGGGAGAAUGUUAUUGGAAAGGAACUGUAUGAUCACCAAGGAGACACAGAAAACGACUUUGAUGCUUUUGAAAACAUAAAUCUUGCGGAAACACAAGAAGAGACUGCGAAAGAGCUUAGCAAACUCCUAAGAAAAAGUUUCUCCAAGUGACGCCCGCAUGCUGAUCUGCACACAAUCUCAUUGGUUGCCAAUUUGUUGUUGCUGUGAUGACGUUGAUGCACCUGCCAGUGCAAACCAUUAUCAAAUAGUGUAGUCGCUACUAAAGUCUGUAGAAUGUUGCAAUGCUCUACCAAUCAUGAUCUCAUAUACACCGGUACAGAGACAAAGUAUGGAUACAGUACCCUUUGCCAUGUUGCCCUGUGUCACAAGCACUUCA